AUGGCAGCUGUUUCUGAAUUUGAGAGUGUUCAGAGAUUGAUGGUUACCCCUACAUUGGAGCCAUUGAGUAGCUUAAAUGUGGCAGAGGUUUGGUGCCCCCCUAGGAUUGGGUUUGUGAAGAUCAACACUGAUGCUGCUUGGAAAAAAGAAAGUAGCAUGGCUGCUGAAGGUAGGGCCGCCUUGAGAGGCUUAAAGAAGGCGAUACAAAAUGAUUUUAAGGUGGUUGUAAUGGAAUCUGAUUCUAAAGGCUUGGUAGAUGGAGUUGGAGGUAAACAGGGGAAUAAGGUGUGGACUAUUUUUACUCUGUUGAUGGAGAUCAGAAAGCUCUCGUCGAGGUUCGAGUCUCGUGAAUGGAGCUGGCCACUGUGGCUGGGCUGGGUAGUAGAGCUGUGGCGCUGGAAAGCUGGGUCAAUCGACCGCCAGUCUCUUGUUCAUGUUUUGGUCGCGGAUGGAAUGUCUUGCCCACCCUCGAUAUAG